GUCAUGUUCUCUUCGAAACGACUUGGGGUAUUGGCACAUGCACGCGUUCUACUGCGCUCUAGACGACCGUGUUCUUUACCUCAGAUAGCGUCAUUGAGCGGCUCAUCAAUCAAGUCCCUUCAAGAUGCUUUCCGAGACCCAUCUUCGCCAUUUCACAUCGCUCCAGGACAGGCAGGUCCUGAAUCCCCGGACUCUCCUCCCUCACUCCCAGACCCUACUCCAUCUCAGUCCAGCCACCCCAACGCAGUUGGCUCGCUGGCAGAGAACGCCAGAGCUAAGCUGAUUUCUAUGGGUUAUGAUGAAGGGUCAUUAUGGGAGCAGAGUAUCGUAUGGGGGCACCAUGAUUCAUUUCGACACGUUAACAAUGCACACUACCUACGAUUCAUCGAAUCGGGUCGCAUGGUGUGGCUCAUGGCCCUCGGAAAAGUUCUUGGGGGUGAAGAACGCGUCGAGGCAAUGCUCGCGGGUCAGGGCGUCUCACUCAUACUCAAAUCAGCAAACAUCAAUUUUAGAAGACCGGUAACGUUUCCUGACACACUUUUGAUUGGCCACAGACCGAUCACCUCUUCGAGCCGCACGCAGUUCACUCUGAACGCUGUGCUUUAUUCGUAUGCACAGCAAGCGAUCGUUGCGGACUCGGAUAGCGUGCUUGUUUGGUACGACUACGACAACCUGAGGAAAUGCGACCCUGGGGAUGACACAUGGCGCAUUAUGAAGGCUGCCUCGCAUGAUGGUCAAGUGGAGGGCUGAUUUUUAUAUGCUUCGACUGAGCUCGGACUUGGUAGAUGUAUGGUAGAUUGGUUACUCUUGAAUAUUGGAUAAUAGAGCGGCAACAACCGGUAAUCAAUGUACAGCGUUAGCAUAGA